GGCAGUGAUCACCUGUUUCACUUACGGCCUCAGGUUCCUGUCCCAGUCGCACACCUGACAGCAGAAUGUCUGACAAGGGAACCUUCGAUACCAACGUGCUGACCCUCACCAGGUUUGUUCUGGAGGAGGGGAGGAAAGCACAGGGAACAGGUGAGCUGACCAACCUGCUCAACUCCAUCUGCACUGCUGUCAAAGCCAUUUCCACUGCUGUCAGGAAGGCUGGGAUCGCUAACCUAUAUGGCAUUGCUGGAAGCACCAAUGUGACGGGGGACCAGGUGAAGAAGCUGGAUAUCCUGUCCAAUGACCUGGUCAUCAACAUGAUCAAGUCCUCCUUCACCUCCUGCGUGCUUGUGUCGGAGGAAGAUGAGAAGGCCAUCAUUGUGGACCCAGACAUCAGAGGAAAAUACAUUGUGUGCUUUGAUCCACUGGAUGGUUCCUCAAACAUCGACUGUCUUGUCUCCAUUGGAACCAUUUUUGCCAUCUACAGAAAGACCACAGACGAUGAGCCUGCAGAGAAUGAUGCUUUGCAACCAGGAAGAAAUAUUGUUGCUGCUGGUUAUGCUCUGUAUGGCAGUGCCACCAUGAUGGUCCUCUCCACUGGUCAGGGAGUCAACUGCUUCAUGCUUGAUCCGGCAAUUGGUGAGUUCAUUUUAGUGGAUCGAGAUGUAAAGAUCAAGAAAAAGGGAAAAAUCUACAGUUUGAAUGAGGGAUAUGCACAGCACUUUUAUCCAGAUGUGACAGAAUACCUGCAAAAGAAGAAAUACCCAGAGGAUGGUUCUGCUCCGUAUGGCAGUCGAUAUGUUGGCUCAAUGGUAGCCGAUGUUCAUCGUACUUUGGUGUAUGGAGGAAUCUUUUUAUAUCCUGCUAAUGUCAAGAGUCCUAAUGGCAAGCUGAGGCUGCUGUAUGAAUGCAACCCCAUGGCCUUCAUCAUGGUGCAGGCAGGAGGCAUGGCCACCACAGGAUCCAUGAACGUUCUGGACAUCCAGCCCACCUCUAUCCACCAGCGAGUCCCUGUGGUCCUUGGAUCCCCUGAUGAUGUGCAAGAAUAUAUUUCCAUUUACAAGAAGCAUAACAAAUGAGCAGGCGGAGUCUGGCAGUGAGCAGAGCUAAACACAAUCAGAAGACUCAGUCAGACGUUGCUUUCUACUCAUUCCUGCUGCACUGAUGAACGAAGCAAGCGCUUCACUGGAACCUCACACUGUUUUCAUUACGCACAAGCAUUGUGCUGUGUGUUAUUUGAAGGGACAUACCCUGUAUUUUUUAAAUAAAGACAAAUGAAACAAUG